CUUUUGAAUUCUUUUAUUUUAUUGUCUUGAUUUAGCACCUUCAUCUCCGUCGCCGUCCACUGCCAUGUCCGUCGUUCCACGGCGGCGAUCCUCCUCGACCAGAAUCCAUGUCAUGGCCCUCGACGGCAUCGUCAACGUCAACUCCCUCUUCACCUUCGCCGUCUUCCUCGGCAUUACCUGGUACCCCACUGCUGACCCCGCCGUCAACCUACUUCCCGACGAUGACGACGGCCCCUGUGCCCCAGCCGCCGCUGCCGCUCAGAGCCUCAUCGCCUGCCAUGUGUACUCCUUCAGCUGCUUCCUCUUCUCCAGCCUAGUCGCCUCGGCGCUAAAGCAGGCUAUUAGAAUCAUCGGCCGCGACGAUGGAGAGCAUGGUGUAGCCUACGCGCCGGCGUUACGCGUGGGGAUGGUGGCGUCGGCAGUCGGGUCGGUGCUCGGAUGUGGGUUUUUGGUGGCGGCGCUGCUGAAUUUGGUACAGAUAAAGUUAGGGACUUUAAGUUGC